AUGAUAUCCGCCAGGAGCCUCAUUUACGAAAGUAUAAGAUUCAAAAUGUUUAAAUACCCAAGGUCAAAGCCCAUUUCGACUUUGAUCAGUGACCUCAGACAAAAAUCACAAGCACGAAAUAAUUCAACUACAACUACAGAAUUAACAUCAAAAAAGUUUAUUUCAGCUAAAAGAAGAGUCUUCUGGGUACCAAGUCCUAGCAAGUUUGUUCCUGAUGUCCAGACAUUCCUAUCUUUAAUUGGUCGUAACAUGAGCGAACACUGUUCCAAAAUACCAGGCUGGGCAUCCCUAUUCAGAUUGAAGUCUACAGAACUCAAAAACCUCGGCAUUGAACCGCCAAGAAGUCGACGCUAUCUCUUACGCUGGCGAGAAAAAUAUCGGCAAGGAGAUCUCGGUCCUGGUGCAGAUUUUAAAUAUAUCAAAGAUGGUGUAGCUCUUCUAGGAAUAGCCAAAGUACCAAAAGACCCGAAGCUCAGUAAAGACAAUAUUGAGUCGGUGCCACUAGGAAUGCGAAAGAUUGUGGUCAAUAUACCCUUAGGAGCUUCUGUCGAAGAUAUUCCCCCUGAGAAACUAUCACAAGUGAAAGGAUAUCGUGUUAGGGGAGCCCAUACAAUUGUUGGACCUUUUGCUCUUCCUGUGAAGGGUGGAAAAGGUGCAAUAGUCACACGAAAGGAAGGAAUGUGGGAAAUGAGAAGGGGACGCAAAAUUGAUGGAGGUGAAAGGCGACAAGCUCAAGUUCGAGCUAUGAGGAGAGGCGAAGAGAAGCGUGCUGCCGGAUAA